AUGGAGGUGCUGCUUGGCACGCGCCUCCGCAUGGCCCGGUACGUCAACCGGUCAUCCACCCUCUUCCCGCAGGUCCAGCGCCUGCGCUACAAUGCAGACGGGACAUCAGCCGAGGUCGACCCCCGCUCUGCUCUCCGCGAUGCGAUCGCCCGCUCUGGAGUCCCCACAUGGACCACAGCCGGCACCCAUGCCUCCCCCACACCCACUGCCAUCCGCUGGGGCCCCCACGCCCCCGAUGCUCCCACCGCCUCGCUGUUCGUCGACAUCGACGAUGAUGCUGCCUUCACCACCACCCGCGCGCUCAACAACACGCGCCUCAUCUUCGACAACGGUCCACGUGCUUGCCUCAUGGCGCGCGUCGCCCCCCACCGUCCCCAGUGCCAGAACUGCCAGAAGUUCGGGCAUGUGGCUCUCCGCUGUCGCGCGCCUCCAGCGUGUGGCGUUUGUGCCGGCACCCACCACUCACACGACCAC